UUAGUGAAAACUAGUUUGGAGAGCCUUCAGAGAGACAUUUCCCAGAUGUUUGAGACUUGGGUAGACAAAUUAAGCUCUCAGAAGGAAGUAAUGGCAGAGCUGGAGGAAAAACUGCAAAAGAAUGGGGAAGCCACAUCAGAGCUUGCAACACAACUAAAGAGCUUAAAGAGUAAUGUGGAGUGUCUGAGAGGGGAGCAGGAAAGAGAACAAAAAAUGCUGGAGGAGGCUCUGAAGCUGCUCAACUCUCUUGUUUCUAAGCCUUCAGAUAAACCCAGUCCUAAAUCAGUGUUAGACAGCGCCAUUCAAACAUCUCCAGAGCGGGAAAUGUCAGUGCACAACAUUCUGCAGAGUACUCAAAGUGAAGGCACACAGCUUCCAAAUGUGCCAGGCAACCUUAAACAUCAGGGUGAAACUUCCACACAGAGCUGCAGGCGCGUCUUCGGAAAGAGAAGACUCAAUCUGAAGGGCCAAAGGUGCAAAAAGAGACCGCUGGUGCUCUCUCAGAGUAGGAAGCAGUUUGUCCCAGAUGAAAACACCGAACCUAUAAAUCCUUGUAAGAAGUCACAGAAAAUAUCAGGACCCCUUUACGAGAACCAUGAUCAGAAAACCCUGGCCGACCAGCAGAACCUCGGUUCAGGCAGCCUGAUACCAGGGAAGAAAGGAAGUAGAUCCUCCAUGGCCGCAGGAUGUUUCAUGAACCCGCCGAGCUCCUGGUCCCAGGACAGCAACAGCUCAGAGUGCCUCGCUGCCAUCGAACCCAUCCUGGAGAUGCUCAGCCCAGUAAAACAAGGAGACUUAUGGGAGUUGUUUGAUUCUGAAUUUGACUUUUAGAGAAAAGCUACAGUCCUAAGCAGUCUUAGUUUUGUUUUCAUAGGUGACAUGAGUAAAAUCUGUUAACAUAAAACAAUAUUCAUUAUUACUUUACUAGAGUUAUGUUGGAAAACUUUCCUGAUUUGGUCUGAACUCAAGAAUAGUUUAAGAAUAUAUAGCUUAAUAUAAGAACUGUAGUAGCAUAUAAGAGUGCAGACUGAUCCUCAAAGUAUUGCACAAGCUUAUU